CGGGCCGCGGCCGAGCCGAGCCGAGCCGAACGGAACCGAGCCGAGCGGGACCAUGAUGGCGCAGCGGGCGCUCCCCAACCCCUACGCGGACUAUGACAAGUCCUUGGCCACCGGCUACUUCGACGCGGCCGGGCGGCUGACCCCCGAAUUCACGCAGCGGCUGAAUAACAAAAUCAGGGAGCUGCUGCAGCAGAUGGAGAGGGGCCUCAAGUCCGCCGACCCGCACGACUGCACCGCGUACACUGGCUGGGCAGGCAUUGCUCUGCUGUACUUGCACCUGCACGAUGUGUAUGGAGACCCAGCCUACCUGCAGGCAGCCCACGAGUACGUGCAGAAGAGCCUGAGGUGCAUGACCAGGAGAUCCAUCACGUUCCUGUGCGGCGACGCCGGGCCCCUGGCGGCGGCUGCCGUGGUGUACCACAGGCUGCAGAACCACAAGCAGGCAGAGGACUGCAUCAUCCGCUUGCUCCACCUGUACAAGGCUGACCCACGGGUGCCAGAUGAGCUCCUCUACGGGCGCAUGGGCUAUCUGUCUGCACUGAUAUUUGUGAAUAAGCACUUCGGAGAGGAGAAGAUCCCUCAGAGUCACAUUCAGCAGGUCUGUGAAGCAGUUGUGGCCUCAGGAGAGAGCUUAGCCAAAAAGAGGAACUUCACAGCCAAGAGCCCGCUGAUGUAUGAGUGGUACCAGGAGUACUACGUAGGAGCAGCCCAUGGUCUGGCUGGCAUUUACUACUACCUCAUGCAGCCUGGCUUUGGAGUGAGCCAAGUGAAGCUGCACAACACAGUGAAGCCCAGCGUGGACUAUGUCUGCCAGCUGAAGUUCCCGUCUGGGAAUUACCCUCCGUGCAUCGGGGACACCAGAGACCUGCUCGUCCACUGGUGCCACGGAGCACCAGGUGUCAUCUACAUGCUUCUCCAGGCAUACAAGGUCUUUGGGGAGCAGCAGUACCUGAAUGAUGCCCUGCAGUGUGCAGAAGUGAUCUGGCAGCACGGCUUACUGAAGAAAGGCUACGGGCUGUGCCAUGGCACAGCUGGCAAUGCUUACGCCUUCCUGGCACUGUACAACCUCACUCAGAACAUGAAAUACCUCUACAGGGCCUGCAAGUUUGCAGAGUGGUGUUUAAGCUACGGGCAACACGGGUGCCGGACUCCAGACACCCCAUUCUCCCUCUUUGAAGGAAUGGCUGGAACAAUUUACUUUCUUGCCGACUUGCUGGUGCCUACCAAGGCCAAGUUCCCUGCAUUUGAACUGUAAACCUGAAUCCUGCUUGGCAGUUUGCUGCCUGUGUCCUUCUGCACUUGGAAACGCAGUUCAAGGCUGCUUUCUCCUUUUCCAUACUCACCAUUGUUCACCUAACUGAACGUAAAUCCAUCCUCCUGAGGGCAUGCUGAGUUCUCUAACAUUUCUAGUUGUCUCAUUACAUUGUUUAGUUUAAAAGACAGAAUGCAGAUUUUGCUGUUGUCCCUUAAAAACUCAGGGCUGCAGGUGGGAGCAGGGAGAACUGUACAGUAUUUUGUUGGCUACAGAGUUUUGCUAUUUCCUGUAUCCCAUUUCCUGGGAAAAAGUUUUCUAUUGAAUGUAACUGGAGCUAUUUAACUUCUUUUUGUGCUAACAAAUAGUUGCAGGAAUUUAGCUGCCUUUGGAGAACAACAGAUGGAAAACUGAGACUAUUGCCCUGGCAGUUGUUUUCAAGUGUUUUCUUUCUGAGCACCCAGAGAGCAGAUGGUUCAGUAUCUGGGCUCACCCACAUGAAGUGAAUGUGAUGGACUGUGGAGUCUUUUAUAAAUAUUUUUAAUAUCUUAAUGCAACUGGCGGAGCUGGAACUGACAUGCCAAAGGCUUGUCCUGGGUUUGCACCUAUCUGCUCUAAAGGCAAAGAAAGGCUGUUUAUAGCUCUUCUGUGCAUUUGUUCCAGUGACAGACAAGUAAUGCACUGCCAUCUCACAUUAAACCUUGCUAGUCCAUUGGUCAUCCAGUGGCAAACUCCAGUCCAAAAGUGAGCUAAGCAUGCUUGCUUUUGUGAUCUCUUGUUAGGUUCGAGAGUUUAUUUUGUAGUCUUUAUUUAAAUUUGUGUAUUAGGUGGUGCCAGGUGCCCACCAGCAGCAAAAAGGGAAAUGUGUACCACUGGGUUCUGACAAAGUUUAACCUAUUAGCUGUAUAGAUGUUAUUUACAUGUUUUCUUUUAUAAGCUUUCCCAAACCUGGAUAAUUUGUGUCACUUGUAUGCCUUGCUGCUGCUUGUUGUAGUUUGAUUUGCAGCCACUCACCGACCCAACUGGAAAAUCUGCACUAGGUUAACUGGCUUGGAUGUGUCAGACAGAUCAGGUACUUGCAGGGAGUAAAUCUGCUUUUCCGUCCUUGGCUGAUGCUGCACCAAUUCACAGAAAUGCGGGACCUGCCUCUGUAAAGCACUUUCUCAGCACUGAGCUGAACACUGAGCUCAGGGGAGUUUUCAGAGGCAGCCCCACAGCUUUGUGCUGUUUGGGAGCAGCUCCUCAGCCUGCACCGAUCUGGCCGUGGGUUUUGAUCUCUCAGGCCUGAGCUGCUGAGUGCCUCGAGUCCCAUAAGGGCAGGGGAGGGGUAGCAGGGCAGCACAGCCGCUCUGUUGGACCAGCAGUGGCAGGGCAGCACCACCAAGCCUGGCACAGCUCCACUCACAGUGCCUGGACAGGGCAGCUGAGCCCCAGUGGCGCAGGGAGCCCCUCGAGAACACCUGGACAGGCAAGGAGUACAAAGCAGCCAUGGAAGGCUGACGUGUUUCCUCAGAACCCUCACUCCUGCUGCCCUCAUAGGUUUCUGCAAGUCCAUCAAAGACAGCCUGACUUGAAGAAAAGCUCAUCUCCUUGAGGGUGGGCAUCCCUGUCAGAAGGCUCAGGCUCAUGUGGACUCAGAGCAGGCACCCCUGUCGUUCACAGGACCUCAGCAGCACAGGGAGGUGACUGGGAAGCAGACAGGAGUUGCCUAAUCAAACAGUACUUGAAGUUACCUCCCAGUGUGGCAGGGCAGGGACGCUGCUCUCAGCCUGGGUUUCUCCUGGGCACCACCUCUGUAAAGGGAGAUUUGUGCAGCCUGGGUCAGGGGGGAAUGAGAGCAUAACGCCCCAGGGUGUGUACACCCCUCAGGGGAGUAUCAGGGCCAUGUGUACAACUGCUGAGUGGAGCACUGUCUAAUAAAAAUGCUGAAACAACCAAA